AUGGGCGGCGACGACGACAAGGUCCACCACAUAUCCUCCGCGGCGGAGCUGGAGGCACUGCUCGCCUCCACCACCUACGUCGCCGUCGACUUCUUUGCCGACUGGUGUCCGCCAUGCAAGGCUAUCACGCCCGUCUUUGCUUCCCUUGCCGCUAAGCACGCUAUACCAAACGUCCUGGCCUUUGCCAAGGUCAACGUCGAUCACAUCCAGGAAGCUGCCGUCAAAUACCGCAUAACGGCCAUGCCCACCUUCCUGUUCUUCAAAGAGGGCAAGCAGGUCGCCGUGAACGGCCAGGCCAUCAUACAGGGCGCCGAUCCUCGCAGCUUGGGUGCCGCUGCCGACAAGUUGGGUGGUCUCGCCAAGAAGAGAGCUGAGGCUGCGGCUUCAUCAUGA